CAAAUUCGAGAGGUGUUUCCAUAUUCCUCGCAGAUUUUGCCGCCGGCUACGUACGCACUCCUUGUCGCGUCAUGGGAGGAGUCCAUGACUGUCCGAUACAAUGCCGUCCAGCCGUAAAAUAUAGUAGGUAUAUAUAGGAUAUCAUACCGUAGGGCGUGAAGGCGAGUGUAAGGGGUGAGGGGGGGGGAGAUGGAAAGAAGCAGACAAUAUCCACCCUCUUAGCAGACAACCCUUCCGACAUUCCCAAAAAAUGCCUUUCGUUGUAUUGCCUGCUCACAUAGCCGACAUCGAGCCGGUGUACGAUGUGUACUUCGAGGCGUUCAAGGACGAGCCCAUACUAAAGUUUCUCUAUCCUCGGGGGGUAGACCGGAAAGCGCACACAGAAGCCAUGGCACAGUGGUGGGGCCACGAUAGAAUCAGCUACACGAUCAAGUGUCUCAACGCCGAUACGGGCAAAAUCGUGGGCAUGGCCACGUGGGACGUCUUCCACCGGCCCGGGGAAGGAAACGGGUGGGAGCGGCCCGCCGGCAUACCGUGGCUCGAGGGGAAGGAAAAGGAGAGGGCCGAGGGCGUCCUCAACGGGAUGUGGGAUAUGCGGGAGAAGCUCUUCGGGGCGCGGCACAAGUACAUCUACCUGAGCGUCAUCGCAGUGCACCCGGAGCACCAGCGGCAAGGGGUCGGGCGGCGGUUGAUGCAGUGGGGGAUCGACGUGGCGGAGCAGUUCGGCGUGCCCAUCUACACGGAGGCGUCGCCGUCGGGGCUGGGGCUCUACCAGAGCGUCGGCUUCGAGCAUCUGUCGCACCUGCGCCUCGUCCACAGGCAGGAGGUGACCGGCCUCCCCGACGCCGAGGUGCCCCUCGUGGCGAGGAUGCCGGCGGCGGCCCGGGGGCUCCGGUUCCGGGAGUGGGAGGCGAGGGGGUGUCCCGAGACGUAUGGCGUUGAUGGUUCCAGCGGCGCCCAGGACGCUGGUCGUGCCGGUUGUGCCGCCAUGUGAUACGAAUGGUGCCGGUUUAGGUACUUGGACAGACUCUCUCGGGACACUCGUCGAUAUUGAGGAGCAACUUACCAGCUCUUGCUUAUGCUAGUAAGCGGACGUAGGUGUAAAUUGGUACACGAACGGAUGUCUUACUAGAGAUUUUGUUAGGGAACACCAACAACGGCCAUGCUCCGAGUAGGGAGACGUCUCAGCUCUUCUCUGGCGUAUCCGAUCACGGUGUGAGGGAGCUUGAAUGGCCACGAAACGUGCUUCUCGAAAUCCUUAGCUAU